AUGCCUGAGCAGACACAGGCCCCAGCGGCCGCCGAAGGCCAACAGCAGGACGACUGGAUGAGCAAGGCAUGGUCUAUCGGGAAGAAUAUACUCAUCUUUGUGGCGAUCCAAUAUGCUUUAAAAACGUACAUGGGUCAACAAAAACCUGCCGCAACACCGGCACCAGAGGUCGCACAACCUGGCUCAGAAGCGGUCACGGUAGACUACAGCGCCGUUCCUCAGACGAUCUACCCCCUCUGGCCGACAAACACCACCCUCGAUGUCAGCCUGUACAUCUCGCCCAGCGUCAUCAUACCCUCCCUGAACCAGAUGCCAAAAGACAGCUUGAUUUUGAAUGAAAAGAACUUUUCAAUCGAUAGAUCUCAGAAAGACUACCGCCAGGUACAGAAGUUUUUCACGGUUCCAAAGAGCGUGCAGGACAACGGUACACUGUUUGCCCAUAUCUUGAUAGGCCAGCACGGUGCAGAGCUGGAUCCAGCUGCCCCUAGAUACGACCCGUCCAAGGCCUAUCGCAUGCUGAGACCCCUGACACAACAUCUCCUCAAGAAGAAAGUACGCAAGACCCGAAGUCUGCUUGAGGGAAAGAAUGAGACAGUCGAGGAGGAUCCUGAAGAAGAAGAGGCACCUCGAUCUGCUUCAUACUACCAUCCUAACUUCACUCUAUCCUUUGUGCCGGACACUGGAGUCCAACAGUACCCGGCCAUGCACCCCGCGAUGAGGCAAUACUACACCCUCGAACAGACUGGCGCUCGCGAUGCUACCGGAAAGAACAGCUGGUACUAUCCGGUCUUGUAUCUCAACACUUUCUGGCAGCUCAAGUCGCAAAUGACGGAGCUCAAUUCUACCCACCCAUUCGAGACGCUGCCAAUCAACGUGGAUCUAUCGACCCUUCAAACUUGGGCAUUCAGUGUCAUGUCGAGCAUGGACGAGGGCAUGAAGGAGACUGCGAGAAAGGCUGCUUUGGGCGAGUCGACCCCAGGUGGCGGCGACGGUUCUGAGCUGGAAAUGAUCAAGGAGACCCUUCUCGAUACUAACCCUUGGUUGCUUGGCACGACCGCUGUUGUCAGUGUCUUGCACAUGAUAUUCGAGCUUCUGGCCUUCAAGAGCGAUGUUGGCCACUGGCGUAAGAAGAAGGACAACGUCGGCGUGUCUGUCCGCACGAUUUUGUCGAACGUGGUCAUGCAGACCAUCAUCUUCUUAUAUCUCAUGGACAACAACGAGAACACUAGCUGGAUGAUCCUCUUUGGUCAAGGAAUGGGCAUUGCUAUCGAGGCCUGGAAGAUCACCAAGACUGUCAAUGUGCGCGUUCGUGAGCCAGCACCUGGAACCUACUCGUACAAGCUCGGAUUGCCAUACACUGUCGUCUUCGAGGACAAGCACAAACUCAGCGAGACAGAAGAGCAGACCGAGGAAUACGAUCGGAUCGCGUUCAAGUACAUGGGAAUUCUCGCCGUGCCUCUUUUGCUUGCCUACGCCGGCUACUCGCUUGUGUACGAAACUCACAAGGGCUGGUAUUCGUUCAUCAUCACCACAUUGGUCGGCAGCGUCUACGCUUAUGGUUUCUUGAUGAUGGUCCCCUCCCUUUACAUCAACUACCGCCUGAAGUCCGUGGCCCACAUGCCCGGCAGAGCGAUGGCAUACAAGUUCCUCAACACCUUCAUAGACGACCUCUUCGCCUUCACCAUCAAAAUGCCCAUCCUCCAUCGUCUCGCCACUCUGCGCGACGACGUCAUCUUCUUCGUCUACCUGUACCAGGCAUGGGCCUACAAGGUCGACUACACCCGUGUCAACGAGUUCGGACAGGGCGGCGAUGACGAGGAUGUCGAUGCCAAGCAGGCGAGCAAGCCCUUGGAAGCACCUGCGGAUGGCAAGAAAGGCGAUACGAAGAACGUCAAGGGUGAGCUGGAGGAGAAGGUCGACGGUGUCGUUGCCAGUGGCAAUGAGAAGGCCCAGGCUGCGAGGAAACGCAAGACGUAG